UUGGAACAAGCCGCUGCCGCUACAAAAAAAUCACGCUACGAUCGCGUUGGAACAAGCCGCUGCCGCUGCAAAAAUCACGCUGCGAUAGCGUUGGAACAAGCCGCUGCCGCUACAAAAAAAUCACGCUACGAUCGCGUUGGAACAAGCCGCUGCCGCUGCAAAAAUCACGCUGCGAUAGCGUUGGAACAAGCCGCUGCCGCUGCAAAAAUCACGCUGCGAUAG